AUGGUGUCUCGUUCAGGCGAGAAGUGGAUGGCAUGGUGUGAUACGAUCGCUAUUGCUCGCAACCAGGGACAGGAAGAACUGGCUCAGAUCGUGGGCAAAUCCGCCAACUGCUCUCUGGCACCAAGCACGAUGUCCGCUUACUCCUCCAUGAGAUAUCGCUUCGAGGCUUUCGCUUCUUCUCUCCCCAAUGCGCGCCUACAAUUGGGGAAGCUUAGAAACCUGUUCAUAGCACAUUUAAUUCAUAAACAACAGCUUAAAUGCAUCCCUAUGGCCGUAGCCUCCUUGAAUUUCUUCUACGGUGGGUUGAAAGGCGGGGAAGCAGAGCUCCAAAAGCUGCUAAUAGAUUCAGCGAAAAGAGAAACACCCUCAGUGAGGCAUAGAAAGAAAGCCUCUGAGGAGGACAUAGGCGUCAUAAUUAAUUGGGCGUUACAAAACGAUUCGCAGGAGAAUAUUCGAGGCGCCUGUGCCAUCCUUAUUUCAUUCCUGGCCUUUUUAAGGAUAAGCGAGACAGUUAAUGUCCAAAAGAAUCACCUUCAAUACAAAGGCGCAGGGAUUUGGUGGCUAUAUAUACCCAGAUCCAAGACAGACCAGUUUAAGAAAGGGGAAACAGUGGCCUUCAAAGUGGUGGAUACAUAUAAAAUUCUCUGGGAUAAAUUCUUCGAACAGUUCAUUCAGGGAUCAGGAGAAGAAUUCCUUUUCUCUUCCUGCCCGGGACUCCCCUCUUCCACAGAUGCGUUGAGAAAGCACAUGAACGAAAUUUUUCGUUCUGCAGGACUGCAUCACAAGGGGCGUAGAACUUCUAUCAUUCAGAUAUGGACACUGGAAGUUUGCAACAGAGGGACUACCACAUCAACCCUCCACGUUACACGAGGUCGCUUCGACGUAUUUCUAUCGGUCGACAAGGCGGUGCCACAGGAGCAACCAACUUAUCUACUUAUUAUUUGCUUCCACUAA